GGGAGCGUAGUACAACUCAAUGAAAUAAGAAUAAUCAGUGGGCAUUCGUCGAUAGUGUUUCAAAGUGCGGUCUACACAAAAAUAUUAGCGAAUUAUUACCGCGUUCCCGCAACAAAUUGGUCUUUUAUAUAUCGUGACAGUGAAUUGUGAUUGGAUUUGGUGAUCAUGUCUAACGCACCGGUGAAGAAAGUACCCAUACAUUUGCAGAGUUCCCAAAACCGGCUACUAAUCAAGAAUGGGCGUGUCGUCAACGAUGAUGGAAUGGAGGACGCUGAUGUCUACAUCGAAGAUGGUAUCAUCAAGCAAGUGGGGCGCAACCUUAUCAUUCCGGGUGGUACCCGCACCAUUGAUGCCACAGGCAAGCUGGUGAUGCCAGGUGGUAUUGAUCCCCAUACCCACUUCGAGCUCGAAAUGAUGGGAGCUAAAACUGUGGAUGAUUUCUAUAAGGGCACCAGGGCUGCUGUGGCUGGUGGUACCACCACCAUCAUUGACUUCGUUCUACCUCAGAAAGGCCAAUCUCUAAUAGAAGCAUACAAUAAUUGGCGACAGAAAGCGGACGGCAAGGUAUGCUGCGAUUACGCACUCCACGUAGGCGUGACCUGGUGGUCGCCGUCCGUCAAGAAGGAGAUGGAACAGCUCACCAGCGAGCAGUACGGUGUCAACUCAUUCAAAAUGUUCAUGGCCUAUAAAGAUGUAUGGAUGAUGAAUGAUUACGACCUGUGCUGUGCUAUGGAGACGUGCGCCGACCUGAAGGCUUUGGCUCAGGUCCAUGCAGAAAAUGGAAGUAUAAUAGCUCGAAACUGUGAGAAACUUCUGGCGGCAGGAGUCAGAGGGCCUGACGCUCACCAGCUGUCCCGAGACGAAGAAUUGGAGGCCGAGGCCGUUAACAGAGCCUGUGUUAUCGCCAACCAGGCGAAAUCUCCACUCUACGUAGUGCACGUGAUGUCUAAAAGCGCAGUACAAGCGCUGCAGAUAGCUCGGACCAGGCAGAAGUUGCCGGUGUAUGGAGAAACACUUGCUGCUACUGUUGGCACAGACGGUACACAUUACAAGAACUCCUGCUUCCGCCACGCAGCCGCUCACGUGCUUUCGCCACCACUCCGGCCUGAUCCCUCCACUCCGCAGGCCAUAGCUGAGGCGCUCGCCGACGACCACUUACAACUGAUUGGCAGCGACAACUGUACUUUCCACGAGAAAGACAAGGAACUGGGGAAGGACGACUUCACCAAGAUACCCAAUGGGGUCAACGGAGUGGAGGAUCGUAUGGCCAUCCUGUGGCAGAAAGCUGUCAAUACGGGCGUUAUGGACCCGUGCCGCUUCGUGGCAGUGACCAGCUCGAACGCGGCGAGGAUCUUCAACCUGUGGCCGCAGAAGGGGCGAGUGGAGGCGGGCUCGGACGCGGACGUGGUCGUAUGGGACCCGCGCCUGCAGCGGACCAUCUCCGCCGCCACCCACCAUCACGGUGUGGACUUCAACAUCUUCGAGGGUCAAGAUGUGGUGGGUAGCCCGCAGUACGUUAUCGUCAACGGCCGAGUGUGUCUCGACGACGGAGAGUUGAGGGUGGCAGAAGGUUACGGAAAGUUCCUGAAGACGCCAGUGAACAGCCCAUACGUGUACGGGGCUCCGCCGGCCGCAGCCCCCGAGCCUGAGCCGGUGUCGCCAGCCAUCCACACGCCAUCCCGUGUCACCAAUGGAAACACGCCCUCUCCCGAUCUGAAGGUGCUGAACAAACAGCUGGACGGUAUGUCGGUGACGUCAUCAGGCUGCAGCACUCCCACCGGCCGCAAGAUGCGCGACCCUGGGCAGCGGGACCUGCAGAACUCCACCUUCUCAAUCAGCAAAGAGGUUGAGGGUCUGGACACGAAGACGUCAGUUCGCGUGAGGAACCCACCAGGCGGCAAAUCAUCAGGCCUGUGGUAAACCAUCAGGCGUUGGAACCGAUUGGGCUUCAGCAAUGCACGUCGCACGUGGAAAUUAUUAAACGAAUUAGUAUGUAAAGGACGAUAAUUGAUUGACUAAAAACAUUAUUCCGACUGAAUUAAAACAAUACGCCAUCUUUGUCAGUUCACGAUGGUAUGAAAGGGAUGGGAUGUGAUUUGAAUUAUUUCUUAUUUAGUUUUUAUAAAAUUGGUACCAAUCUACAAUAUAUGUGAUAGUACAUAUAUAUAAAAAAAAACAUAUUAAUACAACAUAACACUGGUGACAAAUAUAAAACUGAAAUUAAAAAUGACAAAUUAGUCUAGAUUUAGUAAUGGAGUCUAGAUUUAGUAAUGGAAUCUAGAUUUAGUAAUUGGCAUUGAGAGAGAAUUUGAAUAACUAAAUUUUAGUAUCAGGACUAACACAUUUUAUUUUCUUUUUUUUGUUUUUUUUUUUGUAUUAAUAAAUUAUUAAGAGAAUUGUGCUGGCGUUAUUUAUAAAAAUAUCUUCCAGUAUAAAUAUAUCACGACAAAAAAAAAAAACAAAAAAUAACAAAAUAUAAAGUUAUAGAAUUUUUUUUAUACCACAAAGGUACAUAUAUACAAUACGCACAUAUAUAGAGGUUUCGUUGAUUGUUACUCCACCUACGCCUUCAUUAAUCGGUGAUUGGACACCGAAAGCUGUAUUGUAAUAGCUGGAUCAAAAUUAUAAUGUUGUUAU